GGGGUUAUUGUGGAUGAUGAUAAGGGGCUAGCGAGAAGUAGGGAACCUCCCAAUAGAGGUUUCCAUUCUGAGGGUAAGUUCUCAAGAGAGGAGGAACAAAAUGAAUCCAAAGAUUGGAAUGGGGAUAAAUCAACUGGCCUUGCACUAGACACAGUAGUUCCUAGCUUAGGUCAUAAUACUAGAUCUAAAUCUAGAUUUAGGGAUUAA